AUCAGAAUAACGCUAUUUUAUGGAAUGUACCGCCUACUUGGACUUUGAGUCAAGCCGCAACUGUCCCAUACUCUUAUUAUGUGGCCACAUACGCUUUAAUUCAUAAAGGAUAUUUAUCAGAAUCCAAAAAUGUGUUGGUAUUUAYAAGUGAAAAUAGUAUAAAUUACGCGGUUAUUCCUAUAGCACUGUCGCUCAAGUGCAAAGURUUUGUCGUAGCUGAAACUAAUGAACAACUUGAAGUUAUUAAAACCAAUUACCCAGAAGUUAGUCAGGUUUCAACUACAAGGUUUGAUUCAAAGUUCAUUCACAUGAUAUCAAAGUUGACUCUAAAUCAAGGAGUAGAUUAUGCUAUUCUSUCCAAAAAUUGUCCCAAUCGUCUGCCAGAAUUGCUUGCCGAUGACGCAAAAAUUAUCAUUACUGAAAAUACAGAUGUUUCAGUUUUAUCAAAUUCACCAAAUGGAUUUAGAGUUGUAUCAGCUAAAUUCGAAGAUAUUCCUAUUUUAAAUGAUGCAUCUAUAAUUGACAAAAUAUACUCRUUCAUAGAGUCUAGAAUAAAACUGGGUGUUGUAAAACCGCUACCGUUCACUAUUUACCAUCAUUCUGAUGUCGAAUCUGCUUUCAGAUCAUACGCCAAUAAUAAGAUUGGAAGUAAGAUAAUUGUUGAAGUAAAUGGGGAGUCUCUGAGCACGAAUUUUGCAGCAUWCCAACGGGUGUACUUUGAUCCAAGAAAAAGUUACAUACUUUCAGGUGGUCUCGGUGGAUUCGGUAUGGAACUUACCGAGUGGGCUAUAGAACGCGGGGCAAWGAAUAUUAUUCUCUGUUCUCGGAGUGGAAUUCAAACKGGAUACCAGAAAUAUAGAGUAAAUAUUUGGAAAAACCAAAAUAUCAAAGUGGAAAUCAGCACAUUCGACCUCACAACAUUGUCGGGAGCCAAGAACACUGUACAAUUGGCYCUCACUCUAGGACCACUUGGUGGAAUUUUCAACUUAGCCGGGGUAUUGAGAGACGGAAUCUUUGAAAACCAAACAGUUGCUAACUUCCAGACAGUGUACAACAGUAAAGUCUUAACUACAAAAUAUUUAGACGAAGCAUCGGAAGGCGCUAGCAAGGAUCUUGAAUAUUUCGUCACGUUUUCGUCCAUUUCGUGUGGUCGGGGCAACAGGGGGCAAACCAAUUACGGUUAUGCAAACUCUAUUAUGGAAAGAAUUUCAGAACAAAGACAAAAACGWGGUCUGCCAGCGCAAUCUAUCCAAUGGGGAGGCAUCGGUGACGUCGGUAUGGCUUAUCUUUUAACUCGUGGAAACGAAGAAAAAGAAAUCAAUGGAACUCUUGCACAAAAAAUAUCGUCUUGCCUAGCGGCGUUGGAUACAUUAUUAACACAAAGUUCAGCCAUCGUUGCUUCGCAUGUGAUACCAUCCAAAAGGAGACUGACAGAAAAUUCAAAAUCAAAAUCGCUCACAGAGAUCGUUUCCGAAAUUAUGGGAAUUCAAGAUCCACUUUCAGUUAAGCCUGUAUCUACCUUAGCUGAUUUAGGAAUGGAUUCCUUGAUGGGAGUUGACAUAAAACAGACGAUCGAACGUAACUUUGGCCUGACAUUGAAUAAUUCUCAAAUUCAACAGCUGAAGUUUAGUGAAUUGGAUAAAGUUGGUGCUAAAUAAAAAUGGAAAACAAAUCUAUCACCAAAGUUGUUAAUAUGUUUUCAAUUUCUUAAUAAAUUAGUGUAAUGUUGAUUUAAUUACUAAUUUCUUUAAUCUGAACAAUGCGAAAAUAAAUACAAUCCUAAAUAAAAUAUCAAAUAUUCGAUGUUUAA